GCCCUUGCAAGCUUUUCCACAGGUGGGGGAACUUCCUCCUGUGGCAGGUUUAUUGCUUUACCCAGAUAAGCAUGAAAAGAUGGUGACUACAUCAGAAAUAGCUUUUGGCCCCAAACCCUAUUCCAGGACUGAACCAAAGCAAAUGCUAAAGUGCAGUCUGGUUCUAGAGGGGGAUCACAGUUACAUAACAACCAACCAAGAGGCUUAUCAAGCUCAGGCUUUACAUGGUGGUCCUUUGAUGAUGAUGAUGAUGAGAAAAAUCCCAUUAAGACGUGAGAGGACUCCAACAGCUCACUACCAAACACACUACCAACAGAGCUUUGUUCGACCACAGUGCAUAUAUGGGAGGAGACUUCAAGCCCUGCCCCGCCCUGAUAACCUUGCAAUCAACCCAACACUGAGGGGUGACUUUAAGACAGUCCAAAUGGAGACCUACCCCGGAUGGGACAUCUCUCUUCAUCCACGUCCUCCUCUGGUUCAAGUGAAGGCGCAACUGUCGCUCAAAGAGAAGACACCUAAACUGUGUUAAGCCGCAUUAAAGCUUCCAGCUCAGAUUCAGAGAGCAGUAGAUGACUUGGAGACGUCCGUAGUGUCUAACUGAACCACAGAAAGAAGAAUAAUAGGACUGUUUACAACUGCUGCUCUUCCAAAAUCACUAUCAGACUACCAGAUCACACUGUUAAAGGCACAAAGGAGCAAAAAUCUAAUUAACACCAUUUUCCAUUCUACUCAAAAUGUAAUCAGAAAUAUUGAAUGUUUAAACUUUGCAUUUAAAUUUUCAUGCCUAAUGUACUAUAAUAAAUUUUUUAUCUGUCUCUCCAAAUCCAUAUACCUACUUCAAAUAUCACCACUGAUUAUUUAUUCACUCAUAAAAUGUAUUAGUAAACGAUUUGGUUGAAAAAAGUGUUUUUACUAAUUCAAUUGCAAAGUACUGUAGAUCUACACACAACAAGCACUUCAUUAGGAACACCUGAACAUGCAUGAAAUUACCUAAUCAGCCAAUCGUGUGGCUGCAGUGCAAUGGAUAAAAUUAUGCAAAUACCAGCUGAUGUUCAACUCAACCAUCAGAAUGGGGAUGUGAUCUCCCUUAUUAUGAGCAUGAUAUGAUUGUUGGUGCCAGACAUUCUGGUUCGAGUAUCUCUAAUGCAUGCUGAUUUCCUGGGAUUUUCACAAACAACAGUCUACAAUUUGCUCAGAAUGCUGCAGUAAAGGUAAAAACACCUCGUUGAUGAGAGAGGUUUAGGAAGAAUGGCCAGUUAAAACUUAAGGCAGAUGUGCUAAAGCAGAAGACCAAGUCAGUUUUCAACCAAACUGGUUUCAUGAACAUGACAAGUUCUUCAAUGUCCUCUCAAAGAUUAGUAGAUGGGGACUGGAUGGUGAAAUGCAGUAAGUGUAUUGAAAUAAACCGUGACUUAAAUUAGGACGGUUGCACUGUUUAUACUGUAGAUUACAGUAAGUCACACAGUGAAAUGCAUGUGUGAAAUGCAAUAAACCACCUAAACAAGUGUUUGUAUGAUACUCAUGAAGAUCUACAUAUGAGUGUAGAGAUUUAUAAUACACAUCAUGUCUUGAUGGCAGC